CCUUUUAAAUUUAUAGAAUUUUUUAAUUUUGAUGUAAAGAACAGCUGAGUUGUUAUCGAUGUGGCGGUGUGUCAACAAACCAGGAAUUUCUGGUAUAUUUUUGAAAUUCAACGUACGGUCACGCUGCUCAUGGCGAGGAAUAACAACGACGACGACGACGCGAUUGAUGAAAGUGAUUGUUGUGGCAAUGGCUGCACUAAUUGCAUUCUCGACCACAAACCGCAACCUAGUCAACGUGCUCAGCUGGCGGGCAAGCGCAACGUUAUCCUGACCUAUGCCAAUUUCCGGCUGCUCAGCAAUGAGGCACACAAGGCGGAUGCGCAGGUGCGACUGAUGCAUUUUGGCUAUCACACUGAACACGAUGCAGAUGAUAGCAUCUUGGACAUUCCGCCGGGUCAUCAUGUAAUGUUGCGCACCGAUGCCACUACACCGCUAUUGCGCCCAUAUUCUCCAUAUUGGAGCGACUUUGCGGCCAAAGAGUUUAAGCUUCUGAUUAAACUGCAGCCAAAUGGUCCGAUGUCAAGUUUUCUGGCUAACUUGCAACCGUUGCAAGUGCUGCAGUUUCGCGGUCCCAUUGGCGGCAAUUAUGUGCACGAUGCGAAAGCGGCGAAAUGCAUUGUCAUCAUAGCACAGGGCGUGGCCAUUGCGCCCACUUUGCCCCUGGUCGCCCAAAUCCUAGACAACGAGGAUGACAUGAAUCGCAUACGCCAUUUAAUAUGCGCCCAGGACUUGGAACAUGUGUACUUUCGUGAACGUCUGCUAGAGUUUGCCCAAUAUUGGAACUACAGCAGUUGUCUCUAUCUGGCGCAUCAAUCAUGCACCUGUUGCGACUCCAACACUCCACCAACUGAUCAACCAUGUGAGCAAGUAAGACGGCAGCUGCGCUACAAGGAAGCAGCGUACACUGGACGACUGGAAGCCAAGCAAUUGGCUGCACAGCUGCCUGUGAAUGAUGCUGACAAUAUUGUAGUCAUUAUUGCUGGUCAUUCCAGCUUCCAGCGGGAAAUGAGCGAGCAAGUUGCUAAAGUUGCCGGCGUAUCAGCUGGGAAUAUACAUUUAUUGUAAAUAUUGAACUU